AUGCCCGUCACCAUACGAGUCACAGAUUAUGCACCAUCCAGAUGGAGGGGGGACCGGGUUUCUGGGUUGAAGUCCAUCUUCAAGGACGGGGACAUGGAUCCCGAAAGCCUGCUUGAGAGCUCUUUGACUAAAGCCUCCUUUGACGCUUCGCACAUCUCUUUGUCGCCCAAUGGAUUUGUCUGUGCUGUCCUCGAGGCCUACAACCAUCGUCACAACUUGAUCCUCCGACCACAGGAUGUCUGGUUUGCCAUCCUCAGCCAAAUAGGCAUGUUCAAUAUCCGUGACAACGAGUCUGAUCUGCAAUCUCCUCGUGAGAAAAUUCCUCACGAGAAGAAGAAAGUAGUGAGUGUGACCGUUGGAAGAAGGAAGAGUUUUGACUGUGGGGAAAUGACGUCGCUCAUGACUGAUCAAUUUAAACACGCCCUGCCAGACAGCUGGGGCGAAGAUCUAGAGGAAUGGUAUAAGCCGCCCUUCGCCUCCGCUACCCACUCCGACAAAAUGGUGGGAUCUUUGUUGACGAUGGGAAACAUGCAAAAGUAUUGCGAUUACGCCGUCAGCCGCACCUGUGGUAUUCCUUCCGUUACACUUCUCGGGGAGAGGGAGGAUUGGGUGAACCUCUUCACAAAGGUUGAAGCAAUCCCUUGGGCUGGAGAUGAGGUGGCAAAGUUUUCAAAUAUUCUUCAACCCGUCUUAGAUCGUUUGAUUACCUCCUUUGAGGAACCCAAGUCCUCCGAGGUACAGAGACUUUGGGCCAGAUGUGUUCAUGGUCGCGGUGACGGAAGUUGGGCAACACAGUUGACGGGAUGGAUCACCGUUUUCUGUUUCUGGGACGAAAAAGGGAGAUUGCCUCGCGGUAUCCCGAAUCAUAUGACUGGAGAUUUGCAGCUAAGAGCCGAGGAGGAAGAUCUUCUGGAGGCUCUAUGUGGCGAAGUCGACUUAAAAAGCAUAAGUUGGGCAACACAGUUGACGGGAUGGAUCACCGUUUUCUGUUUCUGGGACGAAAAAGGGAGAUUGCCUCGCGGUAUCCCGAAUCAUAUGACUGGAGAUUUGCAGCUAAGAGCCGAGGAGGAAGAUCUUCUGGAGGCUCUAUGUGGCGAAGUCGACUUAAAAAGCAUCCCCCGUGGCUACUCCACCGUGCCUAUCAAUCUUAGGCGUGGUCUAGAAGAGAAGCCUAACACGAUCAUGGUGGGUGGGUCAGUCGGUAUCAAAGCCACUGCGUCGAGUAGACAACCCUCUGGCGAAGCCGAGAAUGCGCUACGGAAUUUGACUUCUCCCUCCCACGAAGAUCGAUGCUUGCUUGACACGAUUCAGCCACUGUCUGCCUGGUGGAUUUACAAAACGAAAUAA